AUGGCCGGCGAUUUCUCCUCGUCGUUUGAUUCCUUUUUUAGUUCUUGGUACCCGAUCAUUUUAGCCUUGAUCGGGGGCUUUGGAUUUGCUUUCAGGCAAUAUUUACGUGGUACUCCUUAUGAGAGCAAGAAGCAUUUGAAAGGGAAAACUGUUUUGAUUACAGGGGCCACAUGUGGGAUGGGAAAAGCUGCAGCUUUAGCUUUUGCCCAAAGAGGUGCCCGUGUCGUGCUUGCUUGUCGUGACACAGAAUUAGCAGAAAAAGUAAUCAAGGAAAUCCGAGAUACAUGUGACAACAUCAAUGUCAUUGCAUUACACUGUGACCUCAGUUCCAUGGAAUCAGUUCGAGCAUUUGCCAAGGAGUUCAAAAAAUGUGAAUCCCAACUUCAUAUUCUUGUCAACAAUGCAGGUGUAAUGAUGUGCCCCAAAGACUUAACAGAAGAUAAAUUUGAGAUGCAAUUUGGUGUCAAUUAUCUUGGUCAUUUUCUUCUCACCCAUUUGUUGCUGGAUCAUUUGAAGAAGAGCGCCCCAUCACGUAUCAUUAACGUUACAGCCCAUGCACACCAGUUAGGUGUGAUUGACUUUGAUGACAUCAAUCAGGAUAAUGACUACAACCCUGGCCAUGCCUAUGCUCAAAGUAAAUUAGCUGUUGCUUUAUUUACCAUAGAACUUGCUAAACAACUUGAAGGUACAGAUGUGACUGUGAAUUGUGUGAAUCCGGGUGUUGUGAACACAAGUUUGCAUCGUCACAUGCCAUUUAGAAACCAUUCAUUUAUCAAGUUUUGUUUUGCACCAUUUGUUUGGUAUUUGUUCAAAAAACCUGAAGAUGGCAUCAAUUCUAUGCUCUUUUGUGCCCUUGAAGAUUCCAUAGAGCAGACAACUGGCAAAUAUUUUAUGGAAUGUGCUUUGACUGACUGGUCAGAGGCUGUUCAAAAUGAAGAAGUGAGGAAGAAAUUAUGGGAAGAAAGUUUAAAGUGGACAAAAGUUUCCUUUCACAGCUGA